AUGAGGAACAUUCAGCGUCUCGAAUUGCCGGCUGCGGCUGACAUGCAUGUCCAUUUACGUCAGGGCGAUAUGAUGGACUUGGUUGUUCCCACGGUUCGCCAAGGAGGAGUCGAUACGGUAUUCGUUAUGCCUAAUCUCUUGCCUCCUCUUACUGCCGUCGAGCAGGUUCUCGAGUACAAGGCCAAGCUCACGGCCAUCACCCAAGAUGUCAACUUCCUCAUGUCACUCUAUUCCCUCCCUAAGUCGUAUGAGCUUCACCCUUCAGUCACUCCUGAAGUGAUAGCCAAAGCUGCCGAGGCUGGUGUAACCGGUGUUAAGUUAUACCCUCAAGGUGUAACCACCAACUCUGAGAGUGGUGUGUCGGAUAUUACAGCCUUCUAUGACACUUUUGCCGCAAUGGAAAAGCACGGGAUUGUCCUGAACAUACACGGAGAAGUCCUCGAGUCUCUUGCGCCGGCCGACACAACCCUCGAGGAGGCUUUCCUCCCAACCCUAAAACAGCUCCAUGACCGGUUCCCUCAGCUACGCAUCGUGCUUGAGCACUGCACCACCUCCGCUGCUGUGGAGGCUGUCAAGGCCUGUGGCCCAACUGUAGGCGCUACCAUCACCGCUCACCACCUUUACCUCACUUCUCACGAGGCCUGUUGCGAUCCUUUCGCCUUCUGCAAACCUAUUCCUAAGAAACCAACCGACAGAGAUGCCCUGAUCAAGGCUCUUGUCAGUGGCAACUCCAAGUUCUUUUUCGGUAGCGACAGCGCUCCCCACCCCCUUCAGUCCAAGACAUCUGCUGAGCAGGGUAAGGCACCUGCUGGCGUUUUCACUCAGCCCUACGUCGUGCAACUUGUCCUCCUUGGUCUCGAGGAAGCCAUCGACCGUGGCGUCAUAUCGGAAGCUGAUGUGACACAAGAGAUACUCGAAAACUUCCUCAGUCGUAACGGACGUUGCUUUUACAAGCUACCCGAGACCUCUGGUAAGAAGAUUAUCCUAGAGCGUAAGGGUGACAAGAUCCCCACUAGCAUCAAGAGUGCGGACAGCAAGACUGAAGUUGGUAUCUCGCGACAUGGGGCUGAAGUAUUCAGUUUGACGUGGGCUUGA